UGUUUAGGGCAUGGUACGAUGGUUUUAUAAAAUUUAGGGGCAUGGCAGGAAUUCUUGGUAAUGUCGCCGACGGCCUUUGCAAAAGCCCAAAGACGCCAUUAACGUCGACGGAACCACCGGCCCUCCAAAAACAAUACUCUACUAUCUUUCAAUUCAAAUUCUUGCCCUCCCGAAAACCUCAAAAUCUCUGCAUUUCCCUUCUCCGUAUUCGAAUCUACGGUUGAUUUCAAUUCUUAUCGAAAUAGUACCUGUGACAAAUUCCGAGAUCUGAUUCACGGCGGCGGGGAUUCUGUUCAACGCUAGCAGAUUGGUCUCUACCAAGCUCUUUUUUCACACCUGAGCCGAUCUGAUCAAUUUAGUUACACACCCUUUUUUAUUUUCUAGAUUGGUAGUCAUUUUUGGUCAAAUCGCUCAAUCGCUCCACGGAACCCUAACUCCGCUCGAUCGCUCCACCUCCACGACACGGACCUGAGCCGCUGCCUGCUGAAACCUUCAUCUGCUCGGACUCCUCACUGCGUGACAGCAACCACAGCACACAGACCCAUAGUUAUUUCUCGACUUCUUGACGUGAUUUAAGGUUCAGGCUUAUGUAUGGCGAUAAUAUUCCAAUUUGGCAAUAAUGGAAAUGCCCCUUGAGAAAAUUCCCACCACCUGAAUCGAACUUAUCAGAACUUUUGACUAUCCACUCCGUGUCUUUGAGGAUCGCUGAAAAGUGUUAUCUCCUUGUAUCUUGUGGUGAACGGAAAAACAAAGGGGUAAACAAUAUACAAAAAUGUCAGGACUGAUUUAUCAUGUAUUCACGUCCUCAGCGUUGGUGUCACUGGGACUGUAUCACCUCAUCUGCACCACCAAGAAUCAUCUCAGGUCCCCUCGAGAUUACUUCACAAAACCCUACCAUCCAUUCACAUGGCAUUACCAACCAAUCACCAGACACCUUCAGCUCUACCUCAUCAUCCUAUGUCUCCUUAUUGCCUUUGCCCACCAAACCUCAAUCUCUUUCGACUCCGAUCCCCUCGUGAAGGGCCGCUCCCCUGUUCACCACUUCACUUCCCUCCAAUCUGCUGGUGUCGUCUUCCUCUUUCUAAUCCUUUCCGUGGCUCUCCUCAUCUCUGAAAUCACCCCUUACCUCCCCUUCCCACCCGAUUUAUUCUUUGGCACUGCAUCCGCACUCUUUUUCCUUCAAUAUUCCGUUUCUUCAUCCUCAGCUUCCCUUCAAAUCUCUGACCUCGAGGCAAAGUGUGAUUCCGUCUCUGCCUCCAUUUCAGCGCUAUCUGCUGCACUCUGUAUCAUACUUGCUUGCCACCCAAGACUAUUUGUUGCUGAUGUUGGCCUUGGGGCGUCGAUAUGUCUCCAGGGACUGUGGUCCCUUCAAACUGGCCUUUCUCUUUACGUGGAUGCUUUUAUACCUGAUGGUUGCCACAAGCUGCUGGAUGUUGUGAGUGGUGUUGAGGGUUCAACCAAGUGUGAUCUGGAAGACUCUAAGUUGAGGGCCACUGCUAUACUAGACCUUGUCUUUGUGGUUUACGUGUUGUUCGUUCUUCUCAUCCUUAUCGUAACAUAUGCCGUGACUGCUAAAAUUGUCGGGGUUCGGAGAUUUGGUACUUAUGAGGCUUUGCCGACCUCGUCUGUGUCUGCUACUGAUUCGAAUCACAUUCAGAUGAAAGCGAUGACGGGAACCCAAGCUUGAUAGUUUCUCUCCAUUUGAUAAGUCCUGGCUAGAUGAUUGUAGUAGAAUUCAGUCUUUUUUACUUGUUUAGCUGUUGUUGGGAAGUCUCCUUUUUUGAUGACAAAAUUGUAUGGAAUGUUACUUGUAUACAAAGAAUUGAGUGAUCUUUUUUGGUGGUUUGCCAACAUUUUGUGCACUUUAUGGCUGCCUUC